UCUAACAUAGCCGAACAUUAAUGCAGUGCUUUUUUAAAUACAAAGACAAAAAUAUAAUAUUCUUAUUGCAAAUUCUUGGUUAAAAAAUAAUCGGUAUGUUAAAUCAAAUAAGUGAAACGAUUCGGAUUCGGAUUUGGCGUUAUAAAAAGUUCUCGAUUUCGUCUCCUUCCUAGUAACCUAUAAAAUCUGUGAAUAUUAAGUAAUUGUAAAUAUUUCCAAACAUUCAAUGUCUUGGACUUAAUAUUGUAAAUGCGACUCAGUUUAAAUUAGAUAAAAAUGAAUCAAGCACAAGUUACGAAACUUGUUUCAAAAUUACGAAUAAAUGUAGCUGCAGAGCCUCGUCGGCUUAGAAAUCCCAAAGGACCGGAAGGCAGGUUAAAUAAAUUACGAAAAACUGUCACUGGAUUAAUUAAAUAUGAAAGAAUUGAGUUAAAUUACAAUAGAGGCGAUGAAGCUCGUCAAUAUGCCGAAAGGCUCAUAUCUGAAGCUAUUACUCAUGGUGACUGUCACAAGCCAACAAUGGAAAUAGCAGAUUAUUGGUUACUUGAAAAGGAACUUGUACAUAAAUUAUUUAAAGUUCUUGUGCCGAGAUAUGAAAAUUUCAAUACAGCUUAUACAAGAAUGUAUAAAGCACCACGGCCACAAUACAGUCGAAACAUUGAAAAGGCUGUUUUAGAACUCCGAGGGAACCCAUAUCCUGCUCUUGUAAACAAACAAAGAAAUAACAGACAUCUAAUUCAAAAUAUUUUACUAGAUGCUGCUAAAUAUGAUUACAGACAAGCUAAAUAUGCAGAAAUGGCUGAUAAAAUAGGAAGGUCUGAAGAUCAAGUCGCAGAACAAUCAACCAAAAUGGGUGAUUCUGAAGAUAGUUCAACAGUUGAUUCUCCUAAUAAGCAAACUAACUGAAUUAAGGCUUUAAGAUUAAUAUUUAGAUAACUUGUUUUAGACACAUAGGAGUAGUAAAUAUGAAUUAUAAUAAUACUUCUAAAAUGUA